AUGGAGGAGAUUAAGUUUAAAGACAGAGCAGUCUACGUGCUGGAGAGAGAGUUAGGGGUUCAAGCCGGGCAUGCUCAGAGACUGCAGCUCCAAAAGGAGGCUUUAGAUGAACAACUUUCCCAGAUCAAAGAGUCUGAUCGGCAUCUGAGCAGCCCCAAGCGGGAACUUCCUUAUGCAAGUGGUGCAGGAGACGCUUCAGAUCAUUCAGGAAGCCCCGAACAGCAGUUGGAUGAAAAGGAUGCCCGGCGUUUCCAACUGAAAAUCGCGGAGCUGAGUGCCAUCAUCAGGAAGCUGGAGGACCGGAACGCGCUGCUGUCGGAGGAGAGGAACGAGCUGUUAAAACGUCUUAGAGAAGCCGAGAGUCAAUAUAAGCCCAUUUUGGAUAAAAAUAAACGCCUUAGUAGGAAGAAUGAAGAAUUGUCACAUGCCUUACGUCGGAUGGAAAAUAAAUUAAAAUUUGUGACGCAAGAAAAUAUAGCAAUGAGGCAAAGAGCUGGAACAAUGAGGAGACCGAGCUCUUUAAAUGACCUUGACCACAGCCAGGAAGAAAGAGAAGUUGAUUUCCUGAGACUACAAGUCAUUGAACAGCAGAACAUCAUUGAUGAGCUCUCCAAGACUCUGGAAACUGCUGGCUAUGUGAAGAGUGUCAUGGAACGUGACAAGCUGUUAAGGUAUAGGAAGCAAAGGAAAAAAAUGACAAGAAUCCCUAAGAAGCCGGUUGUGGAGACAUUUUUCGGCUAUGAUGAAGAAGCUUCCUUGGAGUCCGAUGGUUCCUCUAUCUCGUAUCAAACGGACCGGACAGAUCAAACCCCUUGCACUCCUGAAGAUGACUUGGAAGAGGGCAUGGCCAAGGAAGAGACAGAACUGCGGUUCCGGCAGCUGACGAUGGAGUACCAGGCUCUGCAACGAGCAUACGCCCUAUUGCAAGAACAGGUCGGAGGAACAUUGGAUGCAGAACGAGAAGUUAAGACACGUGAGCAGCUCCAAGCAGAGAUACACCGCUCGCAGGCUCAGAUCGAAGAUCUGGAGAAGGCCCUCGCGGAGCAGGGGCAGGACAUGAAGUGGAUUGAGGAGAAGCAAGCACUGUACAGAAGAAAUCAAGAACUGGUAGAAAAGAUAAAGCAGAUGGAAGCGGAGGAAGCUCGCUUAAAACACGACGUCCAGGACGCUAAGGAUCAAAACGAGCUCCUGGAGUUCAGGAUCCUGGAGCUUGAAGAGAGAGAAAGACGGUCGCCUGCCAUCAACUUCCAUCACGGUCCUUUUACCGAGGGGAAAAGCCCUCUCCAAGUCUACUGCGAGGCAGAAGGUGUAACAGAUAUAGUAGUAGCAGAGCUGAUGAAAAAGUUGGACAUUUUAGGGGAUAACGCCAAUCUGACCAAUGAAGAGCAAGUAGUUGUCAUACAAGCAAGGACAGUUCUCACAUUGGCUGAAAAGUGGCUCCAGCAGAUAGAGGUGACGGAGUCUGCGCUGCAGCAGAAGAUGCUGGACCUGGAGAAUGAAAAGGAGCUGUUCAGCAAGCAAAAGGGCUACCUGGAUGAUGAGCUCGACUUCAGGAAACAGUCCUUGGACCAAGCUCACAAGCAAAUUCUGGAAUUAGAAGCCAUGCUCUAUGAUGCCCUGCAGCAAGAAGCUGGAGCCAAAAUUUCCGAACUUCUUUCAGAAGAGGAGAAAGAAAAACUGAAGAGUGCUGUAGAGCAAUGGAAGCGACAGGUCAUGAGCGAGCUCCGGGAGAGGGACGCCCAAAUCCUGCGAGAAAGGAUGGAGCUCAUUCAACACGCACAGCAGAGAAUUAAAGAGCUAGAAGAAAGAAUUGAAGGCCAAAAAAGACAAAUAAAAGAGUUAGAGGAAAAGUUUCUAUUUUUGUUUUUAUUUUUCUCUUUAGCUUUCAUUCUUUGGUCAUAG